CCAGGAAUAGUGCAUGACUUAUUCGAAAAGAAUUCGUCAGUGGCAGAUUUUGUCCGUAUCGCGACUGUUCACUUUUGUGACAGGGCGCCUUUAGCAUCUCACUCCGUUCUUUCCACUUCUGCAGGCGUAACCUCUCCUUACUCGUUUGGAUCGAGGUAUUCAUGGAUCAGCACUUUGGUUAAGUCUAUCCCCUCCAGCGUCUGUAUAUCGGCUUGGGAUUUCGUCGUAGGACACUGGUUGGUACCAUUCCCGUAUCGAAUUGUUGAUACGAUUGCCGAUAAUACAAUCGUUCGGAUACUGUUGGCCGUCGAAGAGUCGUCCGUUAUCGUCUCUGCUAUUUCUUCCAUUGGAAAUAUCUCCCAAUCUAUUGAGUUCUCGACUCCAUUUCCUCGUAUUUCGUCUCCUCCGGGUGUUUCGAACCAACCCGUAAAAAUGCUUCCAUAUCCCAGAUGGGAACCACUCACACUCGGAGAUCAUGACCGCAACGAUUAG